AUGUCGUCAACAAGCUCGUUAACGAGCAAUUUCAUGGGUACCAUUACAUCCGCCCUCACUACCCCCACCACUACUCCAACGCCCAUUAACAAUAACGGUGGUGGUGGCGGCGGCGGCGGCGGACCCACAAAUUCGCCCUUACUCUUCUUUGUUGCUCUGGGAUUUGGGGUUGUAUUUACAAAUCUUUGGAUUAUCGUCGGCGUCAAAUACUGCUUCCGCUACAAUGCCCGUCAACGUGCCCGCGCGAAUGGUGAGGAGGAACCCGUCGACCUACAAACCAUGCCCCGGCCGCAUCGGCGACGCAGAGAAAAGAAACUCAUGACCACCGAUGAGGUUAACGAACGGUUCCCGUCACUUAAAUACAAAACUUGGCGUGCACAUAGGGAACGAAUGGGACUUCCAUCAGAGGGAGGUAUUAAAACAGCUCCAAACAGCAGACCUGUAAGCGUAAAGCAAAUCGAAGCCGCUAUAUCCCCGGUUGAAGGCACUUCAACCCAGUCCGCAAACGCAAACCCCGCGCUACUCAAGGAAGUGUUGGCCUCCGCAGAAGCAGCCCCUCCUGUUCCUCCCGCAUUAAUAAAAGAACAAUCUGCAGGUAGCUCAGUCUUACCCAACGCAGAUACAUCAGCAGACGAAAAUAAACGUUUGUCCGAGAUCUCUGAUGUUGAUCCGAAGCAUACUACCGAUGAUAUUGAGGAAGAUGAUGACCACCAUGUUAAUUCUGAACUCCUCAAUAAUGUCGGCGACGCUUGUGCAAUUUGUUUAGACACCAUCGACGACGACGAUGAAAUCCGUGGGCUCACCUGUGGCCAUGCAUUUCACGCACAAUGUAUCGAUCCUUGGCUUACUAGUCGGCGUGCAUGCUGUCCGUUGUGUAAAGCGGACUAUUAUACUCCGAAACCCAGGCCGGAGGGGGAACCCAACGACGAUUCGAGAAGGUCAAGGAGACAAAAUACAGAGAGGGAGCCGGUAGCAGCCCCUCCAGAUGCAUAUAUAGGGCCGCCAUUCCAUAGACGGAUGUUGUUCAGCCCGGGGAGGUUUAUGGCACCAUAUUAUGGGAGUGAAGGGCGAACAAGUCGAAACAGUGAUGGUAAUGGCGAUAAUCGCGGCAGAAACACGGCUCCUUCAACACCUGCCCAGAACAGACUAGAGGAAACUGAGGGUAGGAGGAAUCGGUGGUUAAGGAAUCCAUUUGGCGGUGUAUCUUUACUAUCUAUCAGGAGAGGUCGGGGUGAACCAACACCAAGGGAUUUGGAGGCUGGUGAGGUAGCAGUUCCGAGUAGAACGGUCACUCCAAGCGUGCGAGGACCCACACCCGCAGCUACACCAGCGCCUUUACCGGAGACACAUUGA